AUGAUCCGCGGCCGCUACGUGCCGAUCGACCGCAACGAUGCCCCCGACGCCGACGUGGCCGACGACGAGGACGCCUACUACGCCGACGUGGCCGACGACGACGAUGACGACGACAUCGUCGUUCGCUGCGCGAAGAAACCGCGGUUAUGUAUGAUCGACGGCACUUUGCUCCUUGACACUUGGUACGAGAUGCAGCCCCGGUGGGAGCUGCGGCCGGUGGCGGGUGAGGAGUGGGAGGACGCGGCGCACAUCGGGGGUACCGACGAGUCGGCGACGGUGCGGGACAUGUGGGAGCAGGUGUCGGAGCAGCUGGUCUCGGAGGAGAUGCCGGAGCAUAUGUUUGACGAGGAGACGGGGGACCUGACGCUGCCGGUGCGGGCGGUGACGGGGGUGCGGUGCCGACGCCUGCCGCAAUGGGCGGUGAUGGAAUGA